UUGGUUAUUGAAUCCGGGGAUUCUGGGAUAGAAAUGGCUGCGUACUGAAGUCGUUUUCAGUAGAUUAAAACAUUAAGAAACAAGGGACGUGAGAGCGAGACACAGUUGUGAAUUUUACAAAGCUGACUGCCGUCGUUAUUCUGCUGUUCUAAAACCUGCACCCCAGACUGGAGUUGUUCGACGGUGUAUGACCUGGACUGGAAAAAUAUCUGGAUCUUAAAAGUAUAUAAGAUGCUGGGUGAAGACCUUACCUGAAUCUCAAAGUGUAUAUCCUGGUGUGGAAUCUUGUCCACAUCUGGAGAUCUUGGGAAUUCUGGGCUACAGGCUGUGCUUGAUAUUGGCUUUGGCGCUUGGUCUAGAUUGUUUUCUGCAUACCCUUCCCAAGAUCAGAAAGCUUUAGGGCUGUGUGCUCUUAAGGCUUGGCUUUUUCUUUAGACUGUGUCGAGUGCUGAGUCGGUUUUGAUGAUGGACGCUGAUGCUUCGCUGCACCGCCUGGCGGGCAGUGACCCGAGCACGGAGGUGGGUGGGCUGAUUCUGUACAAGAAAAGCGCAGCGCCGGAGCAGCACGUGUUCCGAGCCCCCACGCCCCGCACCUCCCUCCUGGGCCUGGACCUGCUGGCAGCACAGAAACGCAAGGAACAUGAGGACAGGGAGAAGCAAGAGAACGAGGAGAAGGAGAAGAAGAAAUCCAAGGUGUCCUCCUACCAGGACUGGGAAGAGGGUCGUGAGGACUCUGGUUCAGACGAGGAGAGUACUGAGAAGGAAGGGGGUGCCAGCAGGAAAGAGAGGAAGUACCGCGUGACGGGGUCGGAGACACCCUCAAACCCAGGAGGGGUCAGCGAGGAAUUCCGGCGAAAACACCAGCAGAGAGAGAGGGACCGUCGGGAGCAUGGAGUGUACGCCUCCUCGAAGGAGGACAAGAAACGAGAGAGGGACGGGGACCGAGAACGAGACAGAGACCGGGACCGACGGAGUCAGAGAGACGAUCGGGAGCGCAGUCACCGCAGCAGCAGCCGGUCGGAGCGAGGAGAUCGGAGUGAGCGGGAUCGCUCUCAGAGAGAGGGGGGCAGGAGAGAAGAGCCUGAAAGCCCCCGGCACCGACCCAAAGAUGGCGCAACACCGUCUCGCUCCAGCUGGGACGAGGAUGACAGCGGCUACGCGAGCUCUCGGCGCUCCCAUUGGGAAUCCCCUUCCCCUGCCCCUUCCCACCGGGAAUCCGAGCGUUCAGAGCGGAGCCAGCGCUCAUCAGGCCGGGAGAGCGAGAGGAGGGAUCGUGACAGGUCUGUAAAGAGCAGAUAUCCAGAUGAUACCCCCCUGCCAACGCCCUCCUACAAAUACAACGAGUGGGCCAAUGACAGAAGACACCUGGGCGCCACCCCCCGGCUCUCCCGUGGGAAAGGAAGGAAGGAAGAGGGUGAAGACGGGAUCUCCUUCGAUAAUGAGGAAGAGAAACAGCAGUGGGAGGAAGACCAGAAGCAAGCGGACCGGGACUGGUACAUGAUGGAUGAGGGCUUUGACGAGUUCCACAACCCCCUGACCUCAAGCUCUGAGGACUACGUUAAGAAGAGGGAGCAGAUCCUGCAGAAACAGACUCAGAAACGCAUCUCUGCGAAGAAAAGACAGAUAAACGAGGAUAAUGAGCGCUGGGAGACCAACCGCAUGCUGACCAGUGGAGUGGUGCAACGGCUGGAGGUGGAUGAAGACUUUGAGGAGGACAACGCAGCCAAAGUUCACCUUCUGGUGCACAACCUGGUCCCACCAUUCCUGGACGGUAGGAUCGUAUUCACUAAACAGCCGGAGCCAGUGAUCCCAGUGAAGGACUGCACCUCGGACAUGGCCAUUAUCUCACGCAAGGGCAGCCAGCUCGUCCGCAAGCACCGCGAGCAGAAGGAGCGCAAGAAGGCUCAACACAAGCACUGGGAGUUGGCUGGCACCAAGCUGGGUGACAUCAUGGGCAUUGAGAAGAAGGAGGAGGAGACUCCGGGCAAGCCUGUGGGUGAAGACGGCACUGUGGACUACAGGACGGAGCAGAAGUUUGCAGAUCACAUGAAAGAGAAGAGCGAAGCAAGCAGCGACUUUGCCAAGAAGAAAACCCUCCUGGAGCAGAGGCAGUACCUGCCUAUCUUCGCAGUGAGACAGGAGCUGCUCAAUAUCAUCAGGGAUAACAGUAUCGUGAUUGUGGUGGGCGAGACUGGCAGUGGAAAGACUACUCAGUUGACGCAGUAUCUUCAUGAGGACGGCUACACGCAGUAUGGCAUGGUGGGCUGCACGCAGCCGCGAAGAGUCGCUGCCAUGAGUGUGGCUAAAAGAGUGAGCGAGGAGAUCGGGGGUAACCUCGGAGAGGAGGUGGGCUAUGCUAUCCGUUUUGAGGACUGUACCUCGGAGCAGACGGUCAUCAAGUACAUGACCGACGGAAUCCUGCUGAGAGAGUCCCUGCGCGAGUCUGACUUGGACCACUACAGCGCCAUCAUCAUGGACGAGGCUCACGAGAGGUCACUCAACACAGACGUGCUGUUUGGGUUGCUCCGAGAGGUCGUUGCCAGACGCUCAGAUCUGAAACUAAUAGUGACAUCAGCAACGAUGGAUUCAGAUAAGUUUGCUGCGUUCUUCGGGAAUGUCCCAAUAUUCCACAUCCCAGGAAGGACGUUCCCUGUGGAUAUCCUCUUCAGCAAGACACCUCAGGAGGACUAUGUGGAGGCAUCAGUGAAGCAGGCUCUGCAGGUGCACCUUAGCGGCAUGCCUGGCGAUAUCCUCAUCUUCAUGCCAGGACAAGAGGACAUUGAGGUGACUUCUGAUCAGAUCGUGGAGAGACUAGAGGACCUGGAAAGUGCUCCCCAGCUGGCAGUGCUGCCCAUCUACUCCCAGCUGCCCUCAGACCUGCAGGCCAAGAUCUUCCAGAAGGCCCCAGAUGGUGUGCGGAAGUGCAUUGUUGCCACAAACAUCGCUGAGACAUCUCUGACUGUGGACGGGAUCAUGUUUGUCAUCGACUCGGGCUACUGCAAACUAAAGGUGUUUAACCCUCGGAUCGGAAUGGAUGCCCUGCAGGUGUACCCCAUCAGCCAGGCCAAUGCCAACCAGAGAUCGGGUCGAGCCGGAAGAACUGGGCCUGGACAGUGCUUCAGGCUGUACACUCAGAGUGCCUACAAGAAUGAGAUGCUGACCACCACGAUCCCAGAGAUCCAGCGUACCAACCUGGCCAAUGUGGUCCUGCUGCUGAAGUCACUGGGGGUUCAGGACCUGCUGCUCUUUCACUUCAUGGACCCCCCGCCUGAGGACAACAUGCUGAACUCCAUGUACCAGCUGUGGAUCCUGGGCUCGCUCGACAACACUGGGGGUCUGACCCCGACUGGUCGUCUCAUGGUGGAGUUCCCUCUGGACCCCGCCCUUUCGAAGAUGCUCAUCGUGUCAUGUGACAUGGGCUGCAGCUCCGACAUCUUAAUCAUUGUGUCGAUGCUGUCUGUACCCGCCAUCUUCUACAGGCCAAAGGGCCGUGAGGAGGAGAGUGACCAGGUGCGUGAGAAGUUUGCAGUCCCCGAGAGUGAUCACCUGACCUACCUGAACGUGUAUCUGCAGUGGAAGAACAACAAUUACUCCACUAUUUGGUGCAAUGAGCAUUUUAUACACGCCAAGGCCAUGAGGAAGGUUCGGGAGGUUCGGGCCCAGCUCAAGGAUAUCAUGGUCCAGCAGAGGCUCAGUCUGGUGUCCUGUGGGUCGGACUGGGACGUCAUUAGGAAGUGCAUCUGUGCUGCCUACUUCCACCAGGCUGCCAAGCUCAAGGGUAUCGGGGAGUAUGUGAACGUGCGGACGGGGAUGCCCUGUCACCUGCACCCCACCAGCUCACUCUUCGGAAUGGGGUACACCCCGGAUUACAUUGUCUACCAUGAGCUUGUCAUGACCACAAAGGAGUACAUGCAGUGUGUCUCCUCUGUCGACGGGGAGUGGCUGGCAGAGCUGGGGCCCAUGUUCUACAGCGUCAAACAAGCCAACAAGAGCAGACAGGAGAAUCGCCGGCGAGCAAAGGAGGAGAUAUCGGCCAUGGAGGAGGAGAUGUCCCUGGCUGAGCAGCAGUUGAGAUCCCGGAGAGAGGAGCAGGAGAGGAAGAGCAACCUGGGCAGUGUGAGGUCAGUUAAGAUCUGCACACCAGGGAGAAAAGAACAAGCUGCCCUCAUGACACCGAGACGAACACCGGCAAGAUUUGGACUUUAAAUGUGUACUUCCCUACUCCUGAACUCAUUCAAAAACAUGUAACAUUAAAAUAAAAAUAAUAAUAAAAAUAAAAAACAAUAAAAAUAAGUUGCAAGACCUUCA